GGUAAGAUCUCAUCUCGUUGGUCCACAGUCUUUAAUGUUCUGCAAACUGAAAAGUUCAUUGGGCAAAAGAAGCCCACCUCCAACGACAAAAGCAGUAAUAGAACAGGAUACUUACCUGAAGGGUGAAGUACGGGGACACGUCGCUGACUGGGUAGAUAAACCGAUACGAGUACGAAAGUCCCCAAUCUAUGCGGCAAAUAGAAAUAAUCCCCUACUUCCAUACCCCACGAUAAAAAUAGAUCAUCAUGCUGUGUCAAUCCUUUAUCCCAUCCCAUCGCUGCCAUGGUGGAGACUGGAGGAGACUCCAGUAUCAAGUUUGUUUUUGCCCGAAAAUAAGUUGUACGCUUGACGACAAAAAGGAGGACACUUUGGUCCAAAGAGUUACAACCCCACGGUUAACGAAGCACUAUGUCUCUUAGUUUUUACACUUCAGCGGUUCACAUUUGACUGUAUUUUCGAACUAAAAAUCUAUUCAAAUCUAAACGCAACUUACGGAAUAUGCUGUUGAGGGGACACGUUUGAACCGUAUCUCCAAUUGAAACACAGUAUACAAACUUAAUAAAGAGAAACACCCAUUUUUUUCUCUUCUUCUUUCCCUUGUUGCCGGAAGUUGCUAUCGGUAAGCCCAAAGACUUGUAAAAAAAAAAAAUGGAGGACCAGACAACCGAUGACUGGCUACCACCUGGCUGGAAAGUGGAAGUGAGACAGAGAAGGAAUGGUAAAAAAGAUAAGUGUUACUAUGCUCCCUGUGGUGAACUUAGAUUCCUUUCCCGGGCAGAGGUGUCUUGCUAUCUUGACAGGUGUGGUUCUAAAACAGAAGAGAAGGAAAAGGUGUCUGGCAAGCAAUCUUCAAAAAAUGUUACAGUUGAGAAGGCUGCAGCGGAAGGGUUACCUCCAGGAUGGACUAAGGAAGUCAAGAUAACAAAGAGGGCACAUAGAGUCAGAAAAGAUGCGUUUUACACUGAUCCUGUGAGUGGAUAUGUAUUUCGUUCCAUGAAGGAUGCACUUCGUUAUGUUGAAACCGGGGAGCUUGGAAGGCUUGCUUUCAAGCCGAAGGACAAGGGCAGCAAUGAUGAUGACUUGGAAGAAGAUAAUAUCUGUGAGCCUGCCAUUGUUUUGCAACAGAAGGUAGCUGUGAAUGGAACAACUGAUGAAACAGAGGGACAGAGUGCAGAACAGGUUUCAAAUUUGAGUGGGAUAACAAAGGAAGAAGAGAUGCUUACUUCUGCCAGUACAGGAGAACAGACAUUCCUCUCUAAACAGGCUCCUGAUCAGCAUAAAGCUGGAGUAGGUGCUGAAUUGAGCAGCUUGAUCCUGUCAGAAGCUAAGGACUCAGAACAAAUAGGAGGAAAAGAUUCUGAUGAAGGUUUACAUGCUUCGGACAAUUUAGUUGGAGUCCUCUUAGAUAAACAGUCUAGAGAAAAUGGGAUGACAAGGAUUGAAAAUGAAAAAACCAAACAGGGAAGGGGCAAGACCAGGCUUAAAAAGGCUCUCAAUAUUCCUCGACGAGCUUCAAAGCGACUUGCUGGAGUUGCACUUGAUCCAACACCAGAAGUAAAAACUACUAGAGGUCGCAGAUCUUCAAUCACGCAAUUAAGUGUAGUACCUGAUGCAGCUAAGAAUUCUUCCCCUGGUAGCUGUAUCCUUGAGGCCUCUAAACAGCCUGAUCAACUUGAGUCUGCUCUGGAAACAAGCUGCGGCCUUGACGCAUCUAAGAAUAAGGAACUGUUAUUGGCACCAAAUAACAUGCUUUCUUAUGGGGACAUGCUAACAGGAAAUGGUCAUGUUGAAAAUUUAGAAACAAAAUCUAAGGUUGAUGAAGAUAAAGGUGUUUUACCGCUGGGGAAAGCUGCUAUUCCAGAACAUUCUGGAAAGGUCGAAAGUGAUGAUAAAACUAGUGAGGUGCCAGGAUCCCUUGUUGAUAUGCCUCUCGCAGAUUUAUGGACAGAUCCAUGCAUUGCAUUUGCCAUUCAAACUCUCACUGGAAUACCGUGUGAUACUCCAAAAAUCUCUGAGUCCAACAGUAAUAAAUGUCCACGAGUUCUGGCUACUCCAGAAGUUCAUGAUGAGAGAGAAGAAAAUGGAAAUAGGAGUGUUGAAAGACAAGGAUGUGGUAUUGAUAUGCCUGUGUCAGUCCCAGCCAUUCGGAAAGAACAUGCUGGAAUGGUUGAAAAAGGCCACAAGAAUGAUGAGAUGCCUAGGUCAUCCCUUGAUACGCCUUUGGCAGAUAUCUGGGCAGAUCCUUGCAUCGAAUUUGCAAUUAAAACUCUCACUGGGGUAAUUCCAGUUGAGCAUGGUCUGGGGACUCAGGAUUACUUUCAGCAGCAACCGAGCACUUCGCUGACCCAAUCCAAUAGUCACUUGACCCUGCGAAAUGUUGGUAUAGAUAACUUCUCCCAAACUGAUUUCAUAUGUCAGCAAUACGAUGUCACAGAGCAGUCCAUAUCUAAAGAACAUCCUAUUAUAAAUCCUAUAUUUAAUUAUACUCAUCGUCGCAAUGGGGCGAGGCCAUGAAUGCUGAAGGCUAUCGUCUUCUCUGUAUAGUUCAGGAAACUUGCUAGAAUUUAGAAAAGACUACUAACCUUGUAACUUUUCGCUUUAUGUUUCAUUGUUUCACUGCAGUCUAAUUAUUGUUUACCACUUGAUUACACAUAAUUUUAGAAUGAGGUUUGCAUCAUUGAGCUCACUAGUUAGCGUGGC